AUGUCCGACACGCAGGAGUCCGAUUUUAUACCCAUCCAGACUGUCAAGGCGUGGAUGAACGCCUCCGUUGUGAUGGCGAAUAAAGAUCUUAUGACGAAGAGCUGUCAGAUCUGCAAGGAGUUCGUAUGUAGGUUGUGUGUUCACUGCAAUAGUAAGCAUCCCCUUGAAGAGGAUUGCACCGUCUCGCACGGGGCUUGCGGGCAUUACUUCCACACCCAUUGCAUUGACCCGUGGCUUUUAAAAGGUCAGUCUAGAUGCCCCUCCUGCGAUAAGGCCUGGGAGAAGGAACGGGUGAUCACCAUUUGAAUGUAUCGAUCCUACCGAAUGCAUGUGGGAUAUGUUUCUUUAAUCGUUUUUUUUUUUUAGUAUGAAUAAAGGAUUGUGGCUGAAGUGCAUACGAACGCGUGAGAGGCUGAUGGGAUGCACACGAGAGGUGCCACAUUGCUCCAGUGGCGUUCGGCUUGAAGCUGUGGAUAGUGUUGAUUGUGUUGCUGCAGUCCCUUGCUAUUUGCUUAUUCAAUUCGUUUUGAGAUUUUUCUAUUUCUAUUCAACCUGCUUUUUACCAUGCAUCAAAAAACCUCUUAAA